AUGAUGUUUAACCAUUUCACUUUCGUGCCAGAGUGUGAGUCGCUCUUCUCUCUCGGGAACCCACCGGAUCCUCCAGAUCCACCUGACGUCGGUGGAUCUAUGCCUCUCACCAUCACUACACAGUUCUCUCCACCGCUAUAUCCUCAUCUCGUUCAUCUUCGCUGUCCAUCAGAUCUCCUAUGGCUUCCCUUGUCGCCAAUCAGAUCUCGGCUUCCAAUUUCUCUCUUCCCAAAUCUUACUUUAGUGAUUGAUGUUUUGAAGUCUAUUUUACAAGAUUUAUGGCAAUUUGGUGUGAAUUUUCUGGAUAUGUUUAAUCCCUAUGAGAUAUUGGAUGAUCUCUCCUUUAUGGAGUUUAUCUCCCUCCCAAAAUUGCUGCUUGGUUUGAGUGGUGUUAUUGCAGGGUGUUGGAGUUCGAAAUUGUCAAACACUUCGUGUCUUGUAGGCUCAGUAGCUUGGUGCUUUGUCACUAUAGAGUUCAUUGACGUUAUCAGGAUUGUUAAACUUGCACUAGAUGCGUUUUCAAUCUCGGGUUUAGGAUUACUAGAUGUAUCGUACAAUGCCCAUGGCACCAUUUCACUUAUACAUACUAUUGUUGUGGAGUUCUUCGGUUUUGGUGGUUCAAGUGUUUUGUUAUCCCUUAUCAAUGUUGUUGUUCUUGCUGUUGUCUCUAUUCCUGCUUUGUUUAGUGCGCCUCGUCGAAUCAACACCGCCACCGCCGAUCAAUCAUCCACCACCAUCCCGCCGUCGAAUUCGCACUUCAUGGCACUCUCCUCCCGUGACACACUCCGCCUUAUCUUCCAGAGCCUUACCGUCGCCGAUCUCGCCCGUGCGAGCUGCGUUUCCAGGAUCUGGAACUCCGUCGCUACAGAGGAUGAUCUGGUGGUAACGGCGUUCACGGCGCGGUGGCGGAUCAAGGAGCUUGUUGGGAGACCGGUUUCUGGUUCGUUCUGGAGAGACAACGGAAUCUGGAAAUUCGCAAUCUCUCAUCGGAUUUCUCGUGGUGAUAGUGUCACUAGCCUCGCCGUCAAGUACUCCGUUCAGGUUAUGGACAUAAAGAGGCUAAACAAUAUGAUGAGUGACCACGGAAUAUACUCUAGAGACAGACUGCUUAUCCCAAUAAGCAAUCCUGUAAUUCUUGCAAACACCGUUUGCUACAUAGAGGUGGACAAAUACGCGAAACGGGAAGUCGCUGUGCUUUACCUCGAAGGCGGACCAAAGAGAGAACAAGAACCGAAUCAUACAAUGUCAAACUCAUCAGAGCUUGGAAAGCGAAGGUUGGUUGAUUCUCUAAGGAGGAGCAUGCAAGUCGACGACGGAACCGCUCAAUACUACUUGGCUAUCGCGGAGGGCGAUCCGAGAUCCGCGUUAUCCGAGUUCUCGGCUGAUCUUACCUGGGAGAGGCAGGCUGGUCUCAACUAA